AUGAUAUCUAGGGUUUUCGAUUUCGUCAAAGGAUCAAAAACCAUGCAGGGAAACGGUAAAAUCAUGCUCCAUCUCCCCAUGCAGGAGACAAAAUCCAAGAACGUGUACGAUGUUUUCAUCAACCAUAGAGGGACCGACACGAAGCGAAACAUUGCCAGUCUGCUCUACGACGACCUCAAGGGGAGAAACCUGAAACCCUUCUUGGACAACAAGAACAUGAAGCCAGGCGACAAGCUCUUCGAUCACAUCGAUCGAGCGGUUCUCACUUCCAAGCUCGCUGUCACCGUUUUCUCGCCCAAUUACUGUAAUUCUUAUUUCUGCCUCCACGAACUUGCUCUGAUGAUGGAGUCCAGAAAGAAGAUUAUACCCCUCUUCUGCGACAUCAAACCUUCUCAACUCGACGUUAUGAUCGAUGAAUCGAGAUGUACGGAGGGCGAAAUCCGACGAUUUAGGCAGGCUCUUCAAGAGGCGAAACAUAUCGUUGGACUCACCUUCGAUUCUUACAAGGGGAACUUGUCUGAAAUCGUGACAAAUGCUUCGGACACUGUCGUGGAGAGGCUAAAGCAGUUAGAGGCCGAGGAGGAGAAUCUUUAG